AGUCCCUCGUUUGCUCUUUCCCUCUCUUUUCUGUUUUCCAGUCGUGGACUCCUGUCCUCCUUCCCAACCCCAGGGGUGGGAACAUCUGUAUUCUGUUCAACGGCCCGGCCUGUCAUCGGGCCUUUUGCUCCAUCGAGCAAACUCUUUCUGGCAGCCGCCGCUGCUCGCGUGGCCGACCUCAGCACUCGGUCGGAAGAGACCGCCAUUGCCUCCAGGCCUGCUAAUACUGGCAUCGAGACGCCAUGUCCCUCCAUCCCCGGUGUCUCAUUUGAGUAUAUUCGUGACAACGCAUUGGCCAGCACGUUGUCCGGGCCUGGGACAUACAUUAUCUCAAAGUCGAAGCUCGAUAUUUUCUCCACCCAGCGUGCCUGGCGUCCAGAUAGGUUUGGCUGGCUCAGCAGAUGAGUCAGCCCCUUAUGCAUCUCAAUUUUGUGAACGGGGUAGUUUUGCUGGGCGGAGUUGAGCUUCGCCGAGUAGAAGGCGGCGACUCUAGCGCUCCUCCAGUCCCGCCCUUGACAGACCACGCCGGACACACCAGUUGCGCAUCCAUCGGUCACCAGGAAGAUGGGUUCCGCCUUCGGCCCAUAGUCCAGCGGGACCCGGUGAUGGUUCCUCAACGGAAGGGGACCGUGUCCCCGGUGAGGCCAUGCAAGACCCCCAUGGGUACACGCACUCGCGCCAAAUCGUCUGCCAGGUAUCCCACCGAACCCAGGAAUCCACGCAGGAGGUCCCGAUUUGUGGGCGUUUUCCAGUUCAGCACUGUGUCGACCUUCUCGCUGUCCAUCCUGAUACCCUCAUCCGUAAUAACACGCCCCAGCACCUUCAGUUCUUGCCUCAAGAACUGGAGCUUGUUUUCGCCAAGGUACAGUCUUUCUUGCUUUAACACGUCUAUUACUAGUUUCACGUGUUUCUUAUGGUCUUCCAGCGUAUUGGAAUAUAUAAUUAUGUCGUCCAAAUACACAUCCAUGAAACGCCC